AUGAGUCCGGGCUUGCCGCUUGCUGAUCCGCACGUUGGCGGCGGCGGCGGCAGUGGCUGCGGUGCGGCUGCUUCGUCUGGAGGUGCCGCGGUUCGCGCCGCGAUUCCCGGCGCAAUUUCUGGCGUAGGAAACGGCGGUUUGGGUGCGGAAGCAGCCGCUCUGGAGCAGCACGACGGGAGUCAAGCAGCGGCUGCGGCGGCUGCUGCUGCGGCUGCUGCCGCUGCGGCGGCGGCGGCGGCUGGGGGAUGGAUGUUGCUCCCUUCAGCGGGUUCUCUUCAUAAUCACCCCGCGUUACUAUCACCUGCUGCAGCGUCCGUGCAGCACAAUCACUUACUCGCCUUGUUAAAGUCAAUCGCAGGAAUCCCUGGACUCUCGCCUGUCGGUGCAUCUCAACCGUCCAUCUCCCUAUCGCACGGUCACUUGCCGUUCCCAUCCCCUUACGCUGGUAACGCCGCGGCGUUAAUUCCGUUUCUACCUCCCGGCGCUCAUCAUCCAAUAAGCAACCUCCACAUCAGCGGCGGCGCGCAAGGGUUGAAUCACAGCGCUUUAGGUAACCCACUAUUUGCGUCGUUAGGAGGCUCCAGCGCUUCGACCGCAUCUGGACAGGCUUUAAUUCCCAUGCAAGCCCCUGUCAUGCCCACACAUCCCGGUUUCCCGAGCAACGGUUUUGUCUCGUCUCACUUCGACCCUGCUGCCGCCGCCGCCGCCGCCGCAGCCGCCGCUGCCGCCGCCGCUGCAGCAGCGACAUACCCGCAACCAGUUUCCGCGUCGCUCCCCGUCGCAGGUGCCGUUUCCGCCGCCGCCGCUAACGGCGCAGGCGGUUUAAUCCCUUCUGCGGCCAUCGCCGCCCCCGCCACCGCCGCGUCCGCCGCCGCCGCCGCCGCAGCCGCAGCCGCAGCCGCGGCGGCGGGACGGCUUAGUGCCGUGAAGGAUCCGUUAGGGUAUGCGGCUAUGCUUAGGUCUCGGGGGAAAGUUAACGAAGCGCUCGCGAUAUACGAGGCGAUUAUAGCGGAGAGAAUAGGAGCAGCUGUGACUAUGACGAGGGGAAAUGGAACGGGCAGCGGAGCGGGGACAUUAGGAGGGGCCGCGAGCGCGGGGGAAGGGGGAGCGGGAGCGGGCGGGGGAGGGGCGGGCGGGGCCGCGGCCGCCGCGACGGCGGAGGCGCUAGUGGGUAAGGGGCAGUGUUUGCAGGCGCAGGGGAAGCUUAGCGCGGCGUUUGAGGCGUACGUGUCCGCGUUACAGCUGAAUCCGACACACGCUGUAGCGUUGACGCAGUGCGGAGUGCUGUACAAAGAGGAGGGGCACUUGCUAGAGGCUAUAGAGGCGUACAGAAAGGCGCUAGAGGCGGAUCCGGGGUGCAAGGAGGCACAGGAGCAGCUGGCAGUGGUGCUCACAGACCUGGGCACGCGCCUCAAGCUGGGGGGGUCCGUGCAGGAGGGCAUAGCGAAAUAUUAUGAGGCUAUUGCUGCCGACCAGAGAUACGCGCCGGCAUACUACAACCUAGGGGUGGUGUAUUCAGAGAUGGGGCAGUACGAGGCGGCUCUGCAGUUCUAUGACAAGGCAGUGACGCUCAGGCCGCUCUAUGCAGAGGCGCAUUGCAACAUGGGCGUGAUCUAUAAGAACUGCGGCGAUUUACACUCGGCUAUCGCCUGUUAUGAGCGGUGUUUGGCAGUGGCGCCUAAUUUCACCAUCGCGCGCAACAACAUGGCUAUCGCUCUCACUGACCUGGGAACCAAGGUGAAGCUAGAGGGCGACAUAUCAGCGGGCGUGGCGCACUACAAGCGGGCGCUGCUGUUCAACUCUCAUUACGCCGAUGCCAUGUACAACCUGGGGGUGGCUUACGGGGAGAUGCUCAAGUUCGACAUGGCAGUGGUGAUGUACGAGUUGGCCCUACACUUUAAUCCGCAAUGCGCCGAGGCGUGCAACAACCUGGGGGUGAUAUACAAGGACCGUGAUAAUCUAGACAAGGCGGUGGAGUGCUACCAGAAGGCGCUGCGCAUCAAACCCUCCUUCUCCCAGUCGCUCAACAACCUGGGGGUUGUUUACACCGUGCAGGGCAAGAUGGACCUAGCACUCAACAUGAUUCAAGCCGCCAUUCUCGCCAACCCCGCAUAUGCAGAGGCAUACAACAACCUGGGUGUGUUGCACAGGGACGCGGGCAACAUCCCAGCAGCCAUAGAGGCGUACCAGCAGUGCCUUGCCAUCGAUCCCGACUCUAGAAAUGCCGGGCAGAACCGUCUACUAGCAAUGAACUAUAUUCACGAUGGGCUGGACGACUCACUGUUCGCUGCUCACCGGGACUGGGGCGAGCGCUUCUCGCGCCUCUUCCCGCGCUUCUCCUCGUGGCCCAACUCGUGCCGGCCGGACCGGAGGUUGGUGGUGGGGUACAUAUCGCCUGACUACUUCACGCACUCCGUCUCCUACUUCAUUGAAGCCCCCUUGACUUACCAUGACCCGAAUGUGGUCAAAGUGGUGGUUUACUCUGCUGUGGUGAAGGCGGACGGCAAGACGAGUCGGUUCAAGGAAGCAGUGCAGAGCAAGGGCGGGGUGUGGCGGGACAUAUUCGGGGUGGACGAGCGGCGCGUGGCAGCCAUGGUGCGGGAGGACGGCGUGGACAUUCUCGUGGAGCUGACAGGGCACACGGCCAACAACCGGCUGGGCGUGAUGGCAUUCAAGGCAGCGCCCAUCCAGGCCACGUGGAUUGGGUAUCCGAAUACGACGGGGCUGCGAGCGAUUGACUACCGGCUGACUGACGCCUUGGCUGAUCCCCCCAGCAGCAGCCAGAGGCAUGUAGAGGAGUUGGUGCGCCUUCCAGGAUGCUUCCUCUGCUACACCCCAUCAUCUGAAGCAGGGCCGGUGUCCCCCUCGCCUGCGGUGGCCAAUGGCUUUGUGACGUUUGGCAGCUUCAACAACCUUGCCAAGAUCACCCCAGCAGUGGUGCGUCUGUGGGCCCGAAUCCUCCUAGCAGUCCCUGGUUCCCGCCUGAUGCUCAAGUGCAAGCCAUUCACAUGCGCGUCCAUCAGCCAGCAGCUCAUGGCUCAGCUCGAGUCCCACGGCAUCUCCCCUCUGCGCGUCGACUUGCUGCCGCUCGUGCUGCUGAAUCACGAGCACAUGCAGAGCUACGCCGUGAUGGAUAUCAGCCUCGACUCGUUCCCCUAUGCCGGCACCACCACCACAUGCGAGUCUCUCUUCAUGGGUGUACCGUGCGUUACCAUGGCCGGGAGAGUACAUGCCAAUAACGUUGGCGUGUCGCUGCUUACAAACAUGGGCCUGCCGAAUCUGGUGGCUCGGAACGAGGACGAGUACGUGGCCAUAGCAACGCAGCUAGCCUCGGACAUCCCGCAGCUGGCAUCGCUUCGAGCCUCCAUGCGUCCGCGCAUGCUCGCAUCGCGCCUCUGUGCUGGUGCUGCGGGUGCUGGUGCUGCUGGUGCUAAUCUGGCUGCUGAUGGUGGUUCUGGUGGUGUGGUGGAGGGAGGAGUGGGUGGGAGUCGGGGUGAAGGAAACCAAAGCAGAGGAGGAGGGAGGGCAAGCAAGAAGAAGCAAGGAGAAGCAGGGGUGGUGGGGGCAGCAGGCGCAGGGGAGCUGGGAAAACGAGAAAAAUCACCCGCAGGAGCAGGCGCAGGCGGAGCGGGAGGAGCGGGAGGAGCAGGAGGAGGAGGGGGAGGAGGGGGGUGCACGCGAACAGCAGAGGGGGUAUCUGAGGCGGUGGCAACUGUGGGGUCUAGGGAAGCUCCAGUGGAGGACAGCCGAGGGGGAGGCAGCAGCAGCAGGCGGGGGGAGGGUGGAACUGGCGGAGGGUCGACAUCAGAAGCCGUAGCAGCAGCUGAGGGUGCUUCAGGUGCUGCUGGCACAGACUCUUUGAGUGCUGGCCUCAGGUGGGAAGGGCAGGAGUGGUGGGAGGGCAGGAGUGGUGGGAGGGCAGGAGUGGUGGGUGCUGUGCUGUGA